AGGGAUUAUGAGAAAUGUAUUUCCCAUGUUUGAUGAUUUGCAUGCGCACUUUGUCAUGUUCUGAUCCAGACAUGGGUCACCUCCUCAUCCACUACCCGCACCUCCUGCUGACUGUCAGCAUGCUGGCCUGUCAGUGUCUCGCGGUCAACGGGCUGUUUGAGUGGCUGAGGCUGACAGAGGCACCUCGAGCAGCAGCGCCUCCGCAACCAGCUGCAGUGGCUCCAGCACAUCUUGCCAAAGACGCUCAGUUUGAGAUGGCAACUACAGAUGAGAAGUUUUUAGCUGAGGCAAAGCAGAUGGAGCUCAGCCCAUUGGACAGCUGUCAUUACAGGGUGAUCGCUCGGCUAAAGUCGAGCUGUGACAGCCUCUCAGAAGAAAAGCUCGCAAAGCUCGGAGUGGAACUGUUUAACUGCCAGGCAGAGAUUGAGGGGCGCCAGACGUACCUAUGCACAGAAGAGAUGACCAUCAAAGAGUGCACAGCAGACAUGGAUUCAGAUACAUGGAAUGCUUACCACAUAGUGAGCAACCGAGCGCGCUCCGUUUGUUACGCAACUCGACAGCAGCUUUUCCGGCGCAGAGCAGAGCACACAGUCAAUGCACUCAUCUCCACAGCCACCAGCCAGCUAGAUGCAAUGAAGGACCUGAAGGAGGGCCAGGUAGAGUUGAAAGAACUGACUGCAGCAUCACUGGACAAGCUGCUUGAAGGCCACAGUGCUCUGCAGGCUCAACAGGGGAAGCUGCACGAGGGCCAGGAGCAGAUGGAGAGUUCACUGAGGGAUAACCUGGAGCGUCUGGGUCAGGAAAAAGCUCUCAUCGCCUCUGGACAGGAGCUGGUAGCUCAGCUCAUUCAGGGAAUUACACAAAGAAUGGAGAAUGUGAGCGAGCAUCUCCAAAUCCAGGGCUCUGAGGUGCAGGACAGCCACAAGGUGAUUGUCAAGGACCUGGCAGAUGUAAGACACCAAGCUCAGGACAUCUAUCAGAAAAUUGACCACAGUAUGAUAGAGUUUCUGCAGUAUCAGGAUCAGACCUCCCAGUACUACACUGACCUGAUGAACAAGUUGGAGCGCAUGAACAGCACCCUGGGAGGCAUGCUGCACUACCUCGAUAAGAUGCAGAGCCGCAUAGAGGACAGGUUUCACAUGAUCCAGGGCUACCUCGGAUGGGCAGGUUUAAGUCUGACAGCUAUGUGGACGUGCAUCACACACACAGGCUACUUUGUACUGUGUGCAGUCCUGCUGACAUUCCUGCACUGUCCUGGUUUCUCUCGAGCCAUGCUGCUGCUCACUGUGCCUCUGAAUGCAGUGGCUGAAGUCAACCAGCAGCCAGCGCUGGAUCUCACCAGCCUCAGCCUGCUGCUGCUCACUCUGUCUCUGGGUCACUGGUUUGUGAAUCAGCUGUGGGCAUGCUUCCAGAUCACGAAAAAGCUGACCAGUCCACUGCCACUCAGCUCGUGCACCAUUGUGGAACCGCAGAAGCAAGAUGAAAAAGAUGACAUCAUUGAGAAAGACGACCUAUUGAAUCCAGACAGCUUUUUAUCAGGUGAACUUGGCAUAUCAGCUGUGUCUCCACCUCAGAGGAAGCUUACGCCAGAGUCGAGGCUUAUGCCAGUAAUUGGUACACCAAAUCACUCCACUCCCAGGUUUAUACCAAAGCCACUUUCUUCAGCGGCUCUUUGUGACAAUAUACCCCUGAGGAACCUGGGAGGUGUUUUUGAUUCAGUCACUGACUCGCAUGAUUUAGGGAAUGAUUCACGAAGUGCAAGUCCCACUCCAUCGUUAGUCAGCAACAGCUCAGUGUCAGGCCGUCAGCUGUGCAAUGGCAUCACAAAAACAGGAAAAGUCUGUAAGAAGAGAGCCGUGCCAGGACAGGAGUACUGCAGAGUCCACGAAGGGGGGCACUCCUCGUAUGUCCAGUUUUAACAGGCUCAGCAGUCUUUGUUGUCUGUAAAAACUGUAUACUGUAAUGAAAUAUUGUUUGUACUAAGUUCUGUCUGCACUGCCCAGUAAGUAAGAUUGCUGAAUGAAAAUUACAUCUGUAGAUAUUUUAAAUGUUUUUAGACAUUUAUUUAGCUUUUCGUGUUUAAUAAAAAUGAAAA